AUGCUUGUUCACACUGAUUAUUGUAUCCCCUCAGGAAAAGGUACAUCUAUGUAUUCUAGGAAAGGAGCACAGACAAUUGCUUUUCAUUUAUGCUUUCGCUCAGAUCAGCGUGAGAAGUUUAAAAAGAUAAUAGAAGAUAAGGAAUCUAGGAACACUCUAGAAAAUUCUACCGCCUCAAAGUUCAAGUCUAUGCAUGAGAUUAAAGAGUACCUUGAGGAUUGCUAUAAGAACAAAAGAAUCAAAAAGAAAAGAGCAACUUCAUUUGAUAUUAACGGGGACUAAGAAAUAGGAAAGAGUGUUAGUGAGACAAAUAUGAAUAAUGCAAGCCAAACAAAGAGAGAUUCUUAUUUCAGACUGACAGAAGGUGUACCAUUUAACCGAUAUAAUCCACAAUACUCUUAGAUUAUAAAAAAUUCAAAAGCUGUUCAUAUGAGGAGCGGAUCUGUUAAGGAGGAGAUGAUAUUGAAAAGAAAACAGAGAUAGGAAAUGCUACUUUAGCUAAAGCAAAAUUCUAUUACAGCGAUAAGUAAUGCCUCAAACAAUAUCAAUCAAGAUAAAAACGAGAAAGACUCAAAUGCUAAUAAUGACUCAAAUAGCGUAUAAGGGUCAUAAACAGUAUUCAACAAAGAUCAAAUACUCAAAAAGUUUACUAAUCACUUAUUGGAAAAGUAUCAAAAACAGGAAAAUCAAAGUCACUAUAAUGAUUUUGAACAAAGUGAAUUUUCCUUCAAUAGUCUGGACAAAAAAAAUAAUGCAAGUUACAAUAAAAGUAAAGAUUAGCAAGUUUAGAAUAAAAAUAAGCCACUUCUUCAUUUAAGGCGCACUAGUAUUGGAGAUGAAUCAAGUAAAGCAGUUAUUAAAAAAAGUGAAACUUUAUAUAAGAAAUAAAAUUUACUAAACAAAAAAACUAAUUCACAAAACACUAUUGAUUCUAAGAUAAUAGAGAGUAAAGACUAGGAUUAUGAGCCCUUCAAUCCUUAUGACGUUGUUGCUCAAACUAGUCCUGAUGUUAACCUAUUGAAAAGAGGAUAAACUCUCAAAUAGAGGAGUCGAAUUGAAGUGAUUUAACCUAAUAACUACUCAAAAUCUUUUAAGUAGCCUUUACAUUAAAGAUAAAACUUCCUUGAAGCACAAUACUAAACUUUCAAUAUUUUCCCAAACUAAGAUGAGUAUUCAUUCGGAGAGGUAAAGGAAAAGCGAAAGAAUUUUGACGAGUCAAAUAUAUAUAAUGAUGACCAUAAUUCUAGUUUUAACAAAUCGUUUUUUAAAAAGAGGGAUCAGCACUCUACAAAAACCCAAGCAAAUUAAACUAUUAGUCACAUUAGAUUAAAAUCAGCUAUUUCUUAAAAAACAAUGGUUGAUAUGGAUAGGUAAGCUGGAAGAAAUUUGAGAUCUCUGAGCACUUAAAAGCUUGAAUCAAAGAUAGAAAGAUUGAACAAAAUAAGGCAGAAUUAGCUUGUGACUAAAGAUAAGAACGUCACUAAAUUUAGUCCUAAGAUUGUAAAAAAAUUCAGUGAGCAGCACAUCAAAAAGGGAAAAAAUUAAGCUUUGCUACUCAAGCUUCUAAACAGCGACAUGAUCACAUUAAUUAAAUAACAGAAGAAGACAAUUGCUCAUCGCUGA